AUGGCCGAAACGACGACAUUGCCACAUAUCUCAAGCCUAGUUCAGCCUGCAAUACGAACAGUGGUGUCUAGCGAGGACAACUGGAAGGGCAAGACGAGCCCUGCGGAGAGACGGAAGAUCCAGAACAGGCUCAAUCAGCGAACGUGGAGACAACGAAGAAAAGCUGAGAAGCAACAACAGCGCCAGGCGACGACCCGACAGUCCGGUACGGACGAAAGGAAACCCUCGUCCCUUCCCUCGUCCAGCAGCAGCCUGUCGCCGCCAUCCUCCAUCGUAGCAAGCUCGAAGUGGGCAGCAGCAUUACCAGCCGCCUCCUUGGCCAAUGAUAAUGGCACGACGACCUACGUGACGGUGGGAAUGUCUCGGCAGGGCCUAUGCAAGUCGAAAACGAGCUCGCAGAGAAGCGCCAAGUAUACGACGCUGAUGGCCUUGAAGUACAUCGGACGGCAACGACAAAUUGCAGACAUUCGAGACGAGGACUUGGACGACAUAUAUCAGCUGUUCCUACAGCACGCGCAUGAGAGUAGAAGGAGUCCGAACCCGGAUCCAAUGUCGGAUUCACUAAUACCGCUUGUGCAAUUCAAUUUGUUCCGCGGCUUGAUGGAGAACAUGAGAACGUUGGGUAUCACUAUGCCCAUGAUCUGCGACGAUGACUGCGUGUCUCCCUUUGGAAGCGACCCUAUGUACAAUGCCAACACCGCUUGGAAUGUCCCGUACUUUUUGAAGCCGACGGAGACGCAGCUGACAACUAUACACCACCCCUGGCUUGACUUUUUGCCCCUACCGAGGAUGCGGGAUAACUUGAUCAAGGCUGGGGAUGACUGGGACGACGAGGCGCUGUGUCUAGACAUGGUAGGCGACGGAGAUGCGCCAUCUGGAAAAGGAGGUAUGAUUCUGUGGGGAGAACCAUGGGAUCCCAAUAGCUGGGAGGUCACGGAGGACUUUGUCGAGAAGUGGCGGUGGAUCCUUGAAGGCUGCGAGGAGAUCAUCAGGUCGUCUAAUUACUGGAGGGCAAAACGAGGCGAAAAGAGGAUGAGGGAAACAAUAGCGAGCCAUCUGCGCAAUUGCGGCAUUGACAAAUGGGGCUGGGUGAUAUACCGCACCACAUAUGGUGACGAUGAAGCCUGGGAACGUUGCAAAGAGAUCAUCACCUACCGUACGCGCCGCAACAUCGCAGACUCGGAUGCGCCAGGCAUUGCAAAGAACCUGGAGUUGACUUUUUUUGACGAUAAAUUCUUGUUUGAUGGGGCCUCAAAGCAUCAGCUCCGAUCGCAUUUUCGCACUUGGUCCCUGGACGCAUUUCAAUCGGAGAACCCAAGAACACAAGAUGUGAGCGGAGACCUAGGAUAUUGGAUACAAGGUUGUGGCGUCCCUCGAUAUGUGUACUUCUUCCAGGUAGACCUGGAGUCCCUCCGGAGUAUCGUGUUCGAGGCGCCUCAACCGCCUGACUACGAUCUUGACUGUGAGAGCCACAUCAACUUCAUCGACGCCUACUGGAAACCGAUAAGAGAAUGGGCCGGAGUGCUACGACAUACAGAGCAAGACGAGAUCGAUGAUUUCGAGACCGCUCAUGAGCCUAUCGAGGGGUGCGGAGAGGAGAACGUCGGAUGGAUGAAGGUGUCUACUGAGACGAUGGGUUCCGACUGGUAUGAGGUAUGGCUUGGCAGUAUCGGCGGCGAUGCCAGCACUUGGUAUGUUUUCUACCAACGCCCGCCCGGGAAAGUGUACUGGUAA